CCAAAAUGUGUUUCCCUUUUCCUGUGUCGGUUCGAGCGCGCGGUAUGCUUUACGACGAAGGAGAAAGGAUCUGAGAAUCUCAGACCUCAGUCUCAUUUCUCGCGCUUCUGCUCUCUCUCUCUCUCUCUCUCUCUCUCUCUCUUCUCCAAAAAAACCCUAGAAAUUAGGGCAAACGGAGAAAGAGAGAGUCAUGGCGAGAUCCUCUGGUUCUUCUUCGUCGCUCUUCUCCUCCCUCCUCUACUUCGGCCUCUCCAUCACUCCUCUAUUCUUCCUCUCUACCAGCGAGGAAACCCCUUUCAGAGGUGUUAGUUUAGAGAAUCCAGUUGUAGAGUUUGUUCCAACGCCUCAUGAUGGGCACCUGUGUGAGCGGGUGCAUCUCGCUGGGAUUUCAAGGAUAAAUCUGAAGCAUUAUGCGAGUUCACUGCAUGUUAUGCUGAAAGCAUCGAACACUGUCCCAGAAAAGCUUCAUGGAAAGGCGGAGGUUUGUUUUCACAGAAAUGUUUCAAAGGGUCUAUGCCAAUGUGAGGAUGAUCAGUGGAAGACUCUUCAGGAGGGUCAAUGGACUGCUGUAAUAUCACCAUAUGAAAGGAGAUACAUUGAUGUAAAAGUCGAGGAUAAACUACCAUAUUCAUUCACAAUUACCGCCGAGCAAGAAUUUCAGCAGUGGCGCUUGAUUUGUCUUGGUUUUGGUGUUCUCCUGCUGCUUCUUGCACCAAUUUUUAGUACCUGGGUCCCAUUUUAUGUUGGCAGUUCAAUGGCUGUGGGGAUCCUUGCUGUUGUAUUGCUCCUUGUAUUUCAGUUUAUGAAGCUAUUACCCAUGGGCAGGAAGAACAUCCUUUACAUUACCCUUUAUGGAUCUGCGCUAGGUAUUGGAACAUAUAUUGCGCAAUAUUUCUCCAUGGUGGUGAAUUCUAUUCUUGUGAAUUUUGGACUGAGCAAAGAGAUGCAUUACCCUGUUUCAGUCAUGCUGCUGGUACUGAUAAUUCUAGCGGGAGCUGCUUUAGGGUACUGGAUAGUGAGAAAAUAUGUCAUUUCAGAAGAUGGCAGCAUAGAUGCUGGCAUCGCCCAAUUCGUGAAGUGGGCAAUGCGUGUUUUUGGUGUUGUUACUGUUCUUCAGAGCUCUCCGGAUAUUCUGUUGCCAGUGAUUGCAUUGGGUAUUUAUUGGUGUAUUUUCUUUAUUUCAAAGAAAUUGUGGGGUCGAGCAAGAUCUCAAGUCAAGCAUUCGAAGAAUGAGCUGUGGCAACCAAGAGGACGGCAAGCAUCUAACUUGUGGCAACCAAGAAGAAGGCAAGUAUCUGCAGCAGGUAGCAGACGCACAGAAUUCUUGAGUCGAUCGCCUGAUAAUGAUCGUAGGACUGUUAGGAGAAGUUCAAGUAGUCCGUAUGGAAGAAGCUCAAGCAGUCCAUAUGGGCAGUGCAACCAACCCAUGAGAGCUAUAGUUCCCACCUACGCAUCCCCUACACAAGGAUCAACAAUUCAACAAGAAGACUACUACUCAACUUUCCACAAGACGCCCAAACGCAGGUUCUCAAAGGCACAAUGGGAUGAAUUCACCCGUGAAUCCACCAGAGAAGCGCUCGCUGAAUGGGCCUCAACUCCAGAAUUCACCAAAUGGAUUGCUGAUAAUGCUCAUCGGGUGCAGGUUGAGCCAGACCGCAACUCUGAUGACAGUACAGAGAGCUCUUCAAACUCGUCGGAUGAAACUGUAGUCGAAAAUGGCAGCCGGCUUAGCCUCUUCAACUGGCGGCAUUGAACUCUGCCCUUGCAGUUUUGUAUAUAUUAUGAUGACUAGUGACUAAAAGGAAAUCAGGGGGUGAAGCUAGGUUGGUUACUCCUCCUUUUGCAUCUCAAGAAAAAGUUGCAGAGUAUUCCCCUCAAGUUACUGACGAAUUAGUUAAACAGAUGAAUUAGUUAAAACUCCCCACUUGUUUUCCUAGCAUCUGAGGCUAGGAAAGCGUUGUCGGCUGUGUCUUUGUAACUUGGCAGGGUGAGCAUGAAUAUUGUUUCUGAAAAUAUUCCCACUUGCUGUGUCUUUGUAACGUGUGGAUUAGAACAAUUAGAUUUGUUUGAUCUUUACUGCAACGAAAGAUUCUGUUAUUCUAAGAUUCUGUUAUUCUGUAUUCAUGAGCUGUAAACUAAGGCUUUUAUCAUGAUUAUCUAGUGUUAUUUA